AUGUCUGAACAAACUCAAAUUCCACGUGUUCUUUGGGCGCAACAACGUGAAACUGUUCUUUUAACAAUAAGUGUACCUGAUAUUGAAAAAGUAGAUGUUAAAUUUGAAGAAAAUUCUGUUAAUUUUCAUGGUGAAUCAAAAGCGAGCAAUUCUAAAAAUAGAAAUGUUUAUGCUGUUAAAAUUGAUUUAUAUGAAAAAAUAGAUCCCGAAGCAUGUAAAUAUGAAAAUGUUGGUCAAAAAUAUUGGCGUUUAUUAUUGAAAAAAAAAGAUUCGACAGCUCCAUUUUGGCCACGAUUAACCAAAGAUAAAGCACGUCUACAUUGGUUACAAACUGAUUUUGAUCAUUGGAAAGAUGAAAAUGAAAGUGAUGAUGAAAAGCCAGGAUUUGAUGGUAAUUUUCAAGAUAUGUUCUCGGGAGGCAUGGGUGGAAUGGAUGAUAUGCCAGAUAUGGGUGAUGGUUCAGAUGAAGAAGAAGAGGAUGAUUCCGACGAUGAAGAAGCAUCACCAACGUCUACUAAAAGUGGUGUAAAUGUUGAAGACACACAAAAAUCAAAGACAUCUAAUAAUGAACAAUAG